AUGUCCAACCCAUUGAUCGUCGACAUCCACACCCAUGUCUACCCACCCGCAUACAUCGAUAUGCUCCGCGCCCGUCACAAGGUGCCAUACAUUCACGACCCAUCCGACGGCGGACCGCCCCGUCUAAUCAUCCUCUCCUCGGACGAUGACUCCAAUAUCCCCCUUGACCAGCGCGGCCGACCAGUCGACUCCUCCUAUUCCGACAUAAAUGUCAAACUGGACUUCAUGGACAAGCACGGCAUUGACUGCAGCGUCAUCUCCCUCGCCAAUCCAUGGCUAGAUUUCAUCGGCGAAGAACAAGCUUCCGAGUGGGCUCAAAAGAUCAAUAAUGACCUAGAAUCUACCUGUGCGCAGGUCAACAGCGCAACGGCCACCUCAGACAAGCUCCCUCGUCUCUUUGCGUUUGGUACUUUACCUCUAGGUGCACCGCAGCAGGCCGCCGUAGCGGACGAAGUGCAUCGAAUCAGCGCCCUCCCCCAUAUCCGCGGCGUCAUCAUGGGUACCACCGGUCGAGGCAAUGGCCUAGAUGACCCUCAGUUAGCAGCAGUAUGGGGAGCACUACAAGAUACCCAGCUGAUGCUAUUCUUACAUCCGCACUAUGGCUUACCGGACGAGGCAUUCGGGGGACCCGAGAUCGUUCGUCGCUAUGGACAUGUCCUCCCACUGGCACUCGGGUUCCCGCUGGAGACUACCAUUGCGAUUACGCGUAUGUAUCUGAGUGGGGUAUUUGAUCGCUUCCCCAAGCUUCGAAUCUUGUUGGCUCAUUCGGGUGGUACGCUUCCGUUUUUGGCGGGGAGGAUUGAGAGUUGUAUUGCGCAUGAGAGGACUUUUAAGGUUAAUGGGGGGAGCGUUCAGGGCCCGCAGCGGGGUAUUUGGGAUGUUUUGAAGACGAAUAUUCAUCUGGAUGCUGUGGCCUAUGGGACUGCUGGGUUGAAGGCAGCCGUAGAGGCUGGAGGGGGUACUACGGAUCGCCUGUUGUUUGGUACCGAUCAUCCAUUCUUUCCACCUCUCGAUGAGGAAGAUGAAAAGUGGACUAGUGUGACUACCAACUACAAGGCUAUUAGUGCGGCAUUUGGGGGGGACGAAGCAGUGGCAGCGGUGUUGGGAGGUAACGCAGUUCGCAUUCUCAACUUGAAGUAA